AUGAAAAUAUCAAGCUUAGUUGACGAUGAGUCUUCCCUUAUCCCCUCCUACAAGAUCAUCAUGCUCGGCAUGACCUCUGCCGGCAAGACCAAGCUCCUCACUCGCUACAAAUACGGGAAUUACAGAGACGAUGGCUCUCAGACAAUGAUCAUCGAUUGCACUUUUGUGUACAAAAACAAGGCAAGAUACAAUUACUAUGACACAGUAGGCCAAGAGAAAUAUCGGUCAGUCCUGAAUCUCUACUUCAAAGGAAGUGAUGCCGCCAUCUUAGCCUAUAGUGUAGUCACUAAGGAAAAAGUUAUGGACAAAUAUGCAGGAGCCAGAUACUUUGAAACCAGUGCAAAAACAAACCAGGGCGUUUCUGAUAUGUUUGCGCAGAUAAAGCUCUUUGAUAAGCUCCUAACUGUCAUCAAAGUGGCAAUACCUAUGAAGCUGGAAGUGUUUCUUGUUGAAUUCUCGAACAUCCUGGCAUUUCAGCAUCUCUUCAAGAUACUUUUCAAGCUGAACCAGCUAUACAUCUUCCCCUGUGUAGUAUGGCAAGAUGGGAAUUCCAUUUUAGAGCUGGAAGAUAUAGGAGUAAGGAGCAUUAUCAACCAAGACCAUACUGCUAAGGAUCAAUUUCAUCCAAAACUGCAUCCGCAUAGGAUUAGUGACUAG